AUGGAGACUGUGUUUAGGAAUGAUCUUGGAGAGGGAAACAAAAUAGUCCUGGAUGUUUCCCAGAUGCUCUGCAUUUCAUACAGAUCAAGAAUAAUGGCACAAAUUGUAUUCCAGAAGGUUUAUCCAAAGUUUUUCAAGAAGGAAGGCCACACAAUUGUUGCGAUUGCAAGUGUCUAUCUGUCUGCAAAGAUAAAUGAAGCACUUGUGAAGCCAGAUGUGCUAUUUGAGAUGCUUUCAAGAAGCAUGCCAACAGGAGCAGCAUUGACCAGAGAAAAGCUUGUAAAUGUUGAGUGCAAGAUAAUCGAGAUGAUUGAAUUCCAAUUCAAUGUAUAUCCAGCACAGCUAUUUUUGAUAAGAAUUGGAAAGACUCUGGGAAUCGAUGUUUCUCGUAAGCUUCUAGUACUUGAUGAGAUACACGGAGACAGCAGGGCAAACUUCAUCAAGUACUUUGAUGGAAUGUAUGAUCCUGAGAUUGUUGCAUUGAGUGUGCUUAGUGAUGACGAGAUACGGCUUUUUGAGUGCUACUUCAGUGCAAUAAUUGACAGGGGAUUGAUUGAAGAGGUGCGAUCGAUCAUGAGUAAGAAGUGA